CGUUGGCUCAAACGCCUGGCGCCAAGGGGAGAGGGAUGGAGGCGCUCCUCUCACAGGCCGAGCGGCUGCCGGGCCUUUUGGAGGCCUCUCGUUCGCCGGCGGUGCGGAACUGGGACCCGGCGACCGUGAGGCGAGCGCUGGGCUGGACCCGCGCCUUCCGGGAGGCCGCGGAACGAGGCCAAAGGCGGCGGGGCCUGCAAGGAGGGCUAGGCCUCUUGGGCCGCGGCCCGGCGCUGCUCUGCUUGGCGCUGCUGGAGAACCGGGCGCUCCCCGCCCCCUCCCGCGAGCGCCUCUUGCGCAGCCUCUUGCUCCCUUCCGGCGGGGCCGAGGAGCUGCUCCUGCCCGUCUCGGCCCGGCGCAAGGCCGCCACGCAGCUCCUCCCCGCCCACGAAGGCUCAGCAGACAGGGCCAGGGCCCAGCUGCUCUUAUCGCGCCUGAGGGAGGAGGAGGGAAGCGGCCUCGCCUUCCUGGAAAGGCUGCCCUGCGGCCCCACGCUGUACAAGGCCGUGGCCGCGGCCCUGCUGGAGCCCGGCGGGGAAAGCCAAGCCCGGGAGGCGCUGCUCCCUUGGCUGCUCCAGCGGGGAGGCGGGGCUCGCCUGGAGGCCUUCUGCCGCCUCUUGCCGGGCUCUCGCCUGGCCUCGCUUUGCGCCCGCCAUCCGCCAUUGCUCGGCCCUUACUUCAGCCUCUUGGCCUCCAGGGGAGGACGCCUCGCCUACGACCCCCUCCGCGGGGAAUGGAGCAGCAGCAGCAGAGGAGGCGGCGGCCCAGAAGUCACGUGGGAUGAAUUAAGGGAGCGCAUCCGCCUCCUCUCCUGGGAAUCGGAGCCCCUCGCCAGCGCUGUUCGGGACCACUUAAGGAAGCUCAAAGGCCAAGAUGGGGGCUUCGAAGUUCAGGGGCUGAGCGUUUGGACAGACCUCUUACUAGAUUUGGAGAAGACUGGCGUGGAGGAGAAGCCCGGAAGAGAUCACUCCCAAUUGGUUAUGGAAACCUAGAACUAGGACACUACUAUAUAAUAAUAGUUUCAUAAUGCAGUAGAACUGCAUGAUAUGACAGUGAGGAUGGGGCCUUGUGCAUCUUCCAUUAUUUCGAAUGACACUCUUGUAGUAUAUAGCUCUGGGUGCAUCUAUCCCAAGCCUGGGCAAACUUCAAUCCUCCAGCUGUUUUGAACUACAACUCCCAC